AUGACUUGUUGUUUUCAAGAAAUAUUGAGUAUUCGUUUACCCAUUACUUAUUCGUUUACCCAUCUGAAGUUAAAGUACUGUAAACUUUUUGUUUUACUGUAAGUGUUUAGUUCGAAAACUCUGCCUAAUAUACGAUUAAAAGAGCAAGUUCACAGUAAAACUUCUGUUUUUGAAAGGGAACUCUCCUGAGAAAAUAUGACAGCUACUCAAGAACCUCUGAAUAGCCCAUACGUUCAAUUUGUUAGAGGAUAUCCGUUUCCUGGCUCUUUUUUGUUUAAAAAGAAAGUUCUGGAAGAAGUUAUGGAUUACAUUCCACGAUCAGGAGAUAUUAUCGUUUCUUCCUACCCCAAAACAGGCACAACCUGGCUACAAUACAUCGUUUUACAAAUAAUAUCAAAGGGAGAAUCAUUUCCUAACAGCGAAGAUAUGGAAAAAGUUUUCCCUUACAUGGAAAGGACUGGAGUGGAAGUUCUGAACUCUCUGAAGUCUCCAAGAACGUACAUGCAUCAUAUACCUUACAAUUUGAUGCAAAAGAACGAGAAAGCUAAAGUAUUGUACAUUUACAGACGUCCAGAAGAUACUUUAGUAUCUUACUACCAUUUUUCUCGAAAUAUUAGAGGUAGUUUCAUGGAUUUCGAUCAAUAUUUUGAGAACUUUUUGUCAGGAAAUGUUGGAUAUGGGCGCUAUUUCGAACACAUAUUGUCAUACCACAAGCACAAAGAUGACAAGAAUCUUCUAAUGAUAUCAUACGAGAAAUUACAUGCAAACAAAAAAGAAGAAAUCUUGAGAAUUGCCAGAUUUUUAGGCGAAGAAUACUUCAACGAUAUCGCUGCAAACGAAUCGAUACUGAAUAAGAUUAUAAAACAGACAAGUUUUGAUCAUAUGAAGAGCAAUAUUUCUGUUGCCAUUCCAAAAGUUGUAAAUGGAGAUAAAGGUCCAGAGGUAAAAUUAACGGAGAUAGAUUUUUUUCGUAAAGGAAUUGUGGGCGAUGGGAAGAAUUUGUUGUCUUUAGAACAACUGAAACGUUUGAAUGAUGUUGCCAGAUCAGUUCUAGAAGGUACGGAGAUUUAUAGAGAGUGGAUGGAAAAAUAAAACUUUCGAAAUGAUCUGAUAUCUAAUCUGAAUUAUUCACUUCAAAAUAAUAUGAGGUUGCAAAUGAAAGCAAAGUUUGUUGCUGUAUAUGUUUUUGAUGCUGUAUAUAAUUCUCGAAAGUUUGUUGCUUUAUAUAAUCCAGAUGUUUCACAUUACAUAUAUUUUAAUAAUAUUAAUAAGGUGAUUAUAAUUCCUCUUCAAAAAUACUAAAAAUUACUAAUAAAUAUUAUAAUAUAAUUCGAUAUAUCUUAUAUAAUUCGAAAUA